AUGUACAUCAAACUUCAUUCUAUUGCCAUAACGUUUUCAUUACUUAUUCGAACUCUUCUCUCUCAAAGUGUGAUUUUACGGGAUGGGAUUAUCGGUACAACCACUCAGGAGUUAUCGAGCUUACUAACUGAGCCCCGUUCUCCUAAGCCUCAUAGCCGCUUACCGUCUUUAGGUGGAUGUCGUUGGUUUGGGCUAGCUCCUUUAUGUAUUGAUAGUUGUCCAGCAGGUUUUGAUUUUAUACGAUCACAUACUGGAAGAUGUGAAAAUGGUACUGCUUGUGUUCCUGAUCCUUCCUUCGGAGAGCCCUGUCUAAACUUUUUUGGUACCAAGCUCAGUAAAAAGUAUUGUUGUAGAAGCGAUCCAAUUGAUUGCUCGUGGUCAGGUAGAUGGACAGGAUCACACGAUGCCUUCAAUUUUUACUGCAGAUAUGAAGCAAACAUUGGGAAAUGUGGGCGACUGGAUUGUUCAGUUAACUCAGCUGUGUUCCAAUCUCAUAACUCAUCCUUAAUCACUGGAGAGAAUUGUGAUGAGCUAGAAAUGUGGAACUUACGCGGAAAAGCUUCCUGCAGCUACAUCGCUUGGUUUGAUGCCCCAGGAGAACUCAGGAAUAGCAUCGAAGCUACAAAUAUGGACAGUAAUCUUACACAAGUUGCUGAAGUUUUGCAAAGCACUGUAAGUACUGAUGUAAACGUUCGUCGUAGUGCCGAAGCCAAGAUCAACGAAUUCGAGAAAGAGUCACAAUUCGGUUUGAUCUUGAUCCGCUUGGUUAGUGAUCCCUCCAUUCCUGCAAUUGUGUCGACUGCCGCCUCCAUUACUUUGAAAAACUUUAUUAAAAAAAAUUGGAGUCCCACGCCAGAAAUUGAUAUCCCUUCUUCGGAAGAAGAAGUUAUCAGAAGUGCUAUCCUCAGUACUCUAUUCGAUAACAAUAACCUCUCGUCUACUCUUCAAAACCAACUAUCACAUGCUUUACAUUUGAUUGCACAGAGGGAUUUCCCUGCUAGGUGGCCAGACUUAGUUCCAACCCUAGCUUCUCUUCUUGGAUCGGAUAACCCCGAAAAGUUGAUAACAGUUCUUUCAUCAUUAGAUCAGCUAUUCAAAAAGUUCCGUUAUGAACAGAAGUCGGUUGAAUUAUGGACUGAAUUAAAGAAUUGUUUAUUAACUUGUCAAGAGCCUCUCACUAAUCUUUUCAAAAAAACUUCGGAUGCUCUCUCCGAUCCUAGCGCUUUACCAGUGGAAACCCUUGCUAAAAUUUUGGAUAUGUUACAUUACAUUUGCCGUGUCUUCCAUUCUUUAUCUUUCCAAGAUAUACCUGAGUACUUCGAAGAUCAUUUGAAAGAAUGGGUUGAUCGCUUCCUAUUCUUAAUGCCUUUGAACUUCCCUGCUAUCACUUCUGCUGCAGGAGACCCAACAUCUUUAGAUAAAAUGAAGGCAGAAAUUUGUGAAAUUUUUACUUUGUAUGCCCAGAGGUAUGAAGAAGAAAUCAACCCCUUCAUGCCCUCAAUAAUUCAAUCAGUUUGGCAACUUGUUGUUCAAACCGGACCAGAAGUUAGAUAUGAUGGAAUGAUUUGCUCAUGCUUGAGUUUCUUAUCAAUCAUCUGCCAAAAGCAAUACUAUGAACAGUUCUUCACUGGGGAAGGAGUUCUUCAGACAAUAGCACAGGAUGUGUGUAUCAAGAAUUUAGUUCUCCGACCGGAAGACUUAGAGUUGUUCGAAGAUGAGCCUGUUGAUUUCAUGAAACGAGAUCUCGAAGGAACUGAUGUUGGUACUCGAAGAAGAGGUUCUAUUGAUUUAGUUCGAGCUUUAUGCAGACGAUUUGAAACAGCAUUGAUUCCCAUCUUAGGACAGAUCAUACCAUCUCUGUGCGCAGAUGGAACAUGGAUGAAGAUGGAUAUAGUUUACUGUUUGGUAACUGCGAUGGCUUCAAAAACGGAAACAGCUAAAGCGGGAGCAACAAGUACCAGUGAAUUGGUCAACGUACUGGACUAUUAUUCGAAUCAAGUACGCACUCAUUUAGCUGGAGAUGUAAACGAAACCCCAAUUUUAAGAAUGGAUGCUGUUAAAUUCGUAGUAACAUUCAGAAACCAAUUACCUUUAGAAGUUCUUGUCGAAGUUAUUCAAGCCGCAGAUAGAUUACUUCAAUCGACGAUACCCAUGUUACAUAAGUAUGCUGCUUAUGCGAUUGAAAAGGUUACGCUGGUUAAGAAUCCUCAAACGAAUGCUCCUUAUAUCACUGGUAAAGAAAUUCCAGUUGAAUCCUUACUAUCCAAUUUGGUUGGAGCUUUCGACAAAGAUCCGAAAUCUCAGAACUCUCCUUAUUUGAUCAGAGCAGUUCUACGUGUUGUCGCUCUUUUAGAUGAUAAUUCUUCUCGUCAUGCUGGAGCUAUUGCUACACAAUUAGCCAAUCUUGUUGAUGCCACCAUCAAGAAUCCUGCUGAUCCUGUUCACACUCAUUUCUUGUUCGAAACAAUGUGCGUCUUGAUCAGAAAGACUGCCAACCUUCCUGGUUUAAGUUUGGAUGAACAACUUAUGCCUUUGAUUGAAACUAUCAUGACCAAGGAUAUAGCCGAUUUAAUACCUUAUGCUUUGCAAAUCACAGGUGUUCUGCUUACUGCUGCGGUUUCCAACGGUUCUAGUUCGGACAAGUACAUUGCAUUCCUUACCUUCUUGCUGGAUCAGCAAUUGUGGGCUAGAUCGGCUAAUGUUCCAGCUGCUUUGUCAGUUGUAGAGGUUUACCUGAAACACGCACCAGAAAAAGUUUUAUCGGAGCAUUCAGUGAAAAUUUUGGGACACUUUGCUAGAUUAAUGGGAUCUAAAUCUUUGGAUAAUUACGGGUUCCAACUUGCAAAUGCCUUAUUGCCUUCUUUAGAGAUGAUCCAAGGAGUCGAUUCACCAAUCAAGUUGAUCCUGAACAACAUGUUCCAAAGAAUCCAAAAUAAUAAAACACCAAAGUUCCUUAAAAUGUUCAUUGUGUUCCUAGCAAGAUUCAUCAUUGUUCGUGGAGCAGACGAUUUGGCCAAGAGCAUGAACAGUAUUCAACCAAAUAUGCUACAUAUGGUUAUCCAGAAAGUAGUCAUCGCUGAACUACCAAGUAUGCAAAACAUGACCACUCAAACAGAUAAGCGUUUGAUCGCUAUUGGGUUUGCCCGUCUUCUUGGAGAACAGACUAAUAUCAUCUCAGAUUUGUUCGGUGAGCUCUCUAUGGGAGUUACCAAGUUGAUUGAAGCUUCCUCUGUUUCUGAGAGAGGAGUGCUUUCCCCAGAGGAAGAGCAAGCUGCUAUGUAUAAUGCUGAAGGAGAAUUCACUAAUCCAUACUGUAGAUUGAGUUAUGCUGCCAAAGCUGAACCUGUAGCUCCACAAAUUGCGAAUUACAAAGCUUUCCUUGCUGAAGCUAUUCUUCAACGUGGCCCAGCCAAUAACUCAACUGUCAUGAGCUGUAUUUCAGAAGAGCUUCGCCAACACUUGACCUCAUAUGUAACCUCUGCAAAUUAA